CAGAGAUGACUAUUUCGUUGGGAGAUAUUGCGCAUUACGUGGAUAUUCAUGAUUGGUUGAAGCAAAUUUUGUCAGAAAAAGAAUUUUGGAAUAAAUGGCAGCUUCGAUUUUCAGUUGUACUUAGUCUUUUCCUGCAAACAAUUUUAAUUUGGCUAGGUAAGCGUCGGAAACACAUUCCCACACCAUGCAUUACUAUAGUUAUUUGGUCUGCAUAUUUAGCAGCUGGUUGGUUCGCUACUGUUUCACUGAGUACUCUUCUGAGGAGCAAAGGUGGUUUAGAGAGUGAGUUCGUCGUGUUUUGGACACCGUUUCUUCUCUUACAUUUGGGUGGUCCAGACACCAUUACAGCUUAUUCUGUGGCUGAUAAUGAAACAUGGUUGAGACACCUAGUUGGAUUAUUAGUCCAAGUCGUUACAGCUUUUUAUAUAUACUACAAGUUUCGAACUGAUUCUCCUCUUCAGUUUAUAGCAAUCUUCGUGUUUAUUCCUGGGUUGAUCAGAUAUGGUGAAAAGAUAUGGGUGCUCAGAUCUGCUAGUGCUCAAAAGUUUGCAGACUUCAUAUUUUCUGAUGUUAGACUAGAAAAGUAUUUACCAGAUGCUGACAGAAAAAGAAAUCACACCAAGUUAGAUGAGUAUGUUUCACCAAUUCUAAUUCAUAACCCAGAUACUCGACAUGUUUAUAAAGCAUUAUGUUUAUUAAAGAUGUUUACACCAGUGUUUUUAGAUUAUCGUCUGAAAAUCUACAAAGAGAUUAUUGACGUAUUCACAGUGAAAUUUGAAUCAGCAGAAGAGGCAUUUGUCAUGAUAAAUACUGAAUUAGGGUUCUUGUUUGAUCUAUUAUAUACAAAGACACCAUUUUUUCACACUACAAUAGGCGGAUUUCUUCGGUUUAUUUGUUUUCAUUCAUUGGUUAUUGCAUUAAUCACCUUCUCUAUCACCUUUGAGAAGCAAAAGUUUUCAAGAGUUGACAUCUUUGUGAGCUACUUGUUGUUGGUUGGAGGAUUACUUCUAGAUUUUCAUGCAAUUGUCUCUAAUGUCCUCUCUUAUUGGACAUCACUUUGGUUGGCAAGGGUUAAUAUCAAACUUGCUAUCCGACAAAAUACAACUAGUAAACAAUACCUUAACUUUCUUAACCCGUUUCUAAGACUACAUAAACAAUAUCUUAGCAUUCUUUGCUCACUUUUAAGUCCACAAGAGGAUAAAGAAAGGCUUAAGUUAAUCGGACAACACAACUUGAUCAAUUAUUGUGUCAAAGCCAGAGUUGAUGCAUUGACUGGAAUCUUAAGAAUCUUUGACACCAACAAUAUUUUGGAAAAGUAUUGGCAUUCAAGCUGGGAAAAAGUUGAUCCUGACAUAAUGCAAUUAUUGUAUGAUUACUUGUUAUCCCUGCAACAAAAGUAUAAAAUGAGUGGAUUCAAAUUUAAGAUUCUCUCAAACUUAUUGGCUAAAAGAGGUGAAAAUGCCAUUAUAAAAUUUAAGGAUGAUCUAGAUUGGAGCAUAAGUGAUGUAGAAUUUGACCAUAGCCUCCUCAUUUGGCACAUUGCUACUGAUCUUUGUUAUAAUGCUGAUAUUGAGAAAGGGGUUAUGAAUGUGACUACUCCUAAAUGUGAGAUCUCUCAAUGCUUAUCUAAUUACAUGUUGUAUCUUCUUGUGGUGAGACCAACAAUGCUUCCAGGGGGAAUUGGGGUAAAGAGACAUCGAGAUAGUCGCAAUCAAAUUUUGAAUUACUUUUCAUCAGCUUCACUCUCUGGAAAUGAAGAUGCUAGGAGGAUAUUGAGUGAUAUGACGCAGUCAUAUGCUCGACUCACAACAAACAGAAGACAUAAAUCUGUGUUAUUUGAUGCACAAAGACUAUACGAAUCUAUAACAAAUGUGGCUUCCACCUUUAAUUCUCUUGAGGAGAAAUGGGAGUUGAUAAACAAUGUUUGGAUGGAGAUGUUAAUACAUGCUGCAAGUCAGUGCUUAUGGGGAGAACAUUGUCAACAACUUAUCCACGGCAAGGAGUUUCUUACCCAUGUCUCGCUACUCAUGUUGCAUUUAGGUUUAAGCACUCAAGUAAGAGUUGCAAAGUUCCCUACCGAUCUCGAAAACAACGGGUAUUAUCCUCCAUGGAGUUGGGAUGAUUUCAGUGACUUAGCUUAUUAUGUGGCUUAACAACAUAUUACUAACAACAUCAUACCCUGUGAGGAUCGAUACAUUAUUUAUCUCGAGUUUGCAACUAUAGAUUAAUUAAAUAAACCUCAACAAUCUUUUUUAUUUUCCUAGUGUGAUUACAAUGAUGAAUUCUUAUUAUUAAGUUCUUUUUUUUUUCUUUUUUAACAAGUUUUUC